CAUUUUCGACGUCUAGUCGGCCACACCCUUUGGCACCAGAGGCCAGUGCACGAACCGGCUACGACAAGCAUUGCGCUUCUCGGUAGGACCAUAUUACGUAAAGAGAGCUCUGUGACUUUGCUAGUAGUCUCGGUCAUCUGGACUACUGGUCCAAUAUGGUUUCGGCGUACGGAUGGUCACGCGAUAAUGGACUCACAGCCUGUGACCAGCGUGGUUGUCGAGCUUGUAUUCCCAUCCCUGCAAGUACUCUUACUGUCCCCAGUCCCCGACUAGUACGUUGUUACACAGUACAUGUCCGUGUCAGGAUGCAAAGCAGUCAACUGUCCACUAAGCAAUGCACGCAAAUGAUACCGAUGCCUUGUCAGGGCGCGCAGGGGCUACGAAGCCUGAUACUUGGCCGUGGUUGGUGUCAUCUUGAUGUCUGUCAGUUGACUCAGAUGGUGAGGAUGCCAGGGGCAUUUCAUCGCUCCAUGGGCCACAUCAGUCUUCCGCAGGACUGCCCUCUGAACUCCUGAUGGUAAAGUAAUGUGUAGAAUUGGAGUUGUGGUUGCAUCCUGGCAGUCAGGAUCCCAAUCUAGCUGGUCCAGUGGCUCCUGUGCAGAGAAGGACCGGGCAUCAACAAGUCACUCGCUUUCAG